UAUGGUGAUAGAUUGGUUGGAAACGACUCAUUUGUCAGGGUUCCAUGGGGGACGUGGCUUUCCUUCCCGUGUGCAGUGGAGUCUAAAAUGUUUAAUUAGAUGCUGAGGCGUUUCUGCAAGGGUCCAUUUCUGCCAGUUCUCCCAGGAACUGCCUUCAUGUGACUGCCAGAAUUUGCAGAGCUGAUGCAUGUUGGAAAUCUAGUUGUCAAACAGUUCAACUUUUCCAGAGAACUUACCUUGCUCUGACUGCGUGCCAGGCAGUGCCCUAGAGGCCGAGGAUACAGAGAUGGGGCUUCUGCCCUCAACAAGUGCAACAUUGAGUCAGGGUGCGACAGACGCGUACGCAGUGUACAACGUGUGCACAGUUGUGACACCAUGAAGGUGCCAAAAUAAAGGAGUGAGCAAAGGGCUGGGGAGUCAUGUCAACGUGAUAUGAUGCAGUUCGCCUGGCAGAGCUACAAGCGUUACGCGAUGGGGAAAAACGAGCUCCAGCCCCUCACAAAGGACGGCUACCAGGGCAACAUGUUCGGAGGCCUCAGCGGGGCGACGGUCAUUGACUCCCUUGAUACCCUCUACCUCAUGGAGCUGAAGGAGGAGUUCCAGGAGGCCAAGACCUGGGUUGAAGAGAACUUCCACCUGAAUGUGAGUGGAGAAGCAUCUUUGUUUGAGGUCAACAUCCGGUACAUCGGAGGACUCCUCUCGGCCUUCUACCUGACAGGAGAGGAUGUGUUCCGAAUGAAGGCCAUCAAGCUUGGAGAGAAACUCCUGCCGGCCUUCAACACCCCCACGGGAAUCCCAAAAGGUGUCGUGAACUUCAAAAGUGGCUCCAACAGGAGCUGGGGCUGGACCACGACCGGGAGCAGCAGCAUCCUGGCAGAGUUUGGAUCCCUGCACUUGGAGUUCUUACACCUCAGUGAGCUCUCCGGCAACCAGGUCUUCGCUGAAAAGGUCAGGCACAUCCGCAAGUUCCUCAGGAAGAUCGACAAGCCAUUCGGCCUCUACCCCAACUUCAUCAGUCCAGUGAGUGGGAACUGGAUACAACACCACGUCUCGGUUGGAGGACUCGGGGACAGUUUUUAUGAAUAUUUGAUCAAAUCCUGGUUGAUGUCAGCCAAGACAGACACGGAGGCUAAAGACAUGUACUACGAAGCCUUGACGGCAAUUGAGACCCACUUGGUGAAUGUGUCUCCCGGGGGGCUGACCUACAUUGCCGAGUGGCGCGGGGGGAACCUGGACCACAAGAUGGGGCACCUGGCCUGUUUCUCCGGGGGCAUGAUCGCCCUGGGUGCCGAGGACGCCGAGGAGGACAAGAGGGCCCACUACCGAGAGCUCGCAGCCCAGAUCACUAAGACGUGCCACGAGUCGUACGACCGCUCAGAUACCAAACUGGGGCCCGAGGCCUUCUGGUUUAACUCCGGCAAAGAGGCGGUGGCCACGCAGCUGAGCGAGAGCUACUACAUCCUGAGGCCCGAGGUGGUGGAGAGCUACAUGUACUUAUGGCGACAGACCCACAACCCCAUCUACCGGGAGUGGGGCUGGGAAGUGGUGAUGGCCUUGGAGAAAUACUGUCGGACGGAAGCCGGUUUCGCCGGGAUCCAAGACGUGUACAGCAGCAUCCCCAACCACGACAACAAGCAGCAGACCUUCUUCCUAGCGGAGACGCUGAAGUACCUCUAUCUUCUGUUCUCUGAAGAUGACAUGCUGUCCCUGGAAGACUGGGUGUUCAACACGGAGGCCCACCCACUGCCCGUGAACCACUCGGACAGCGCUGGCAGGGUCGGGGGCCAGCUCUGACCCCAGCUCCCUGCCGCCCGAGCUGCAGGGACGCCUCGCCUUUUCAGGUUUGGGGACUGUUCUCAAAGGGAUUGGGAACGCAGGCCCCACUCCAGACAGAUGUGCUGGACACGCCACUUCUCCUCUGUGAGGAGACAGGCCCGGAGACAGCGAUGUCACACCAGGCCCAGACAUUCCUUUCUAUGGAGAAUUUCUAUGAAACCCGCUCAGUGGCCAUUCCAGGGCCAAAGGACUGGAGGUUUGCAUACCGACCCCGUGUAUUUGGUUCACUUCCUUUCGUAUUGGGGUUAUUUUGGGUUUUGCUUGAUUUUGCCUUUUCUCUACAGUUGUGUUUUAUCACAAAUUAUGUUAGUUUUCAAAAUCCCGUGCUUUCAAAAACAAUCACCUUCAUCAACUAAACCUUAAAGUAUUUGUACGCGUACAAAAACCUUGACCUUAUUUCUAUAUUUUAAAUGCCUCUUGACCAACAUUUACUAUUCAUUCAAUUACGUGUCAUUUACCUUAUAAUUUGAGGAGGGGUUCCCCUUUGGUUUGGGUUUAAGUGUUACGAAUACUAGUGCUAUUUUCAUUAUUGCAAUGGAGAAAUCUAAAAACUUACAAUAAAAGAGUUUAUUGAAUAAGAAAUAC